GAAUCACAUUAUCACUAGCCUGUGAGACUUAACAUACCCCUCCCCUAUAUAUCUCCUUUGUUAAAAUAAGAAUAAAAAAUAAAAAAAAGUUUUAUUCAUCUCUUUAUAUAUUUAUGGAAAAUUAAGAAUUUAUUAAGCAAAAGCAUUUGCCCUUAGUCUCAUUGCUUAUUUUUCACCAUGGAAACCUGGUUCCUCGUCCCCAUAGCCCUCUGCGUCUGCUUCCUCUUCAAACCCCUUCUUUCUCCAUUCCUACCCAGUUCCAUCACCAAACCCAAGCUCCCUCCCGGGCCCCGCUCCAUCCCCAUCAUAGGCAGCUUCUUGUGGCUCCGGAAACCCGUUUCGGAGCUCAAGCACCUCAUCCGCAACCACCAGGUCCAAUACGGGCCCAUCAUCUCCCUCCACAUCGGCUCCGGACCCGUCGUCUUCAUCGCCGACCGCUCCCUCGCCCACCAGGCCCUCAUCCAGAACGGCGCCGUAUUCGCUGACCGCCCACCGGCCUUGGCCACCAACAAGUACAUGAGCAGCAACCAACACAACAUCAGCUCCGCCGUCUACGGUCCCACUUGGCGCCUCCUCCGCCGCAACCUCACCUCCGAAAUCCUCCACCCUUCCCGCGUCAAAUCCUACGGCAACGCCCGCAAAUGGGUUCUCGACAUCCUCGUCAACCGCCUCAAAACCAAGUCUCAGUCCGAGACCGAAGGCGGCGGCGUCAGGGUGAUCGAGCAUUUCCAAUACGCCAUGUUCUGCCUCCUGGUUCUGAUGUGCUUCGGAGACAAAUUAAACGAAGAGCAAGUCAAAGAAAUCGAGCGCGUGGAGCGCCAACGACUUUUCAGUAUCGAGCGGUUCAAAAUCCUUAAUUUCAAACCGAAAUUGACGAAGAUUCUCCUCAAAAACCGGUGGCGGGAAUUCUUCAAGAUCCUCGAGGAACAAAGAGAAGUGAUCGUCCCUCUGAUUCGGGCACGACAGAAAUCAAACAACGACAGGCUGGCUAGAAGCACCGACGACGACGACAAAGACGAUGAAUAUGUGUUGUCGUAUACUGAUACGCUGCUAGACCUCCAGCUCCCCGACGGCAACGAAAAGCGGAAGCUUUCGGAGGACGAAAUGGUCAACCUCUGCUCGGAGUUUCUCAACGCCGGCACCGACACGACUUCCACGGCGCUGCAGUGGAUCAUGGCCAACGUAGUGAAGUACCCAGAAGUUCAGGAGAAGCUCCUUGCGGAGAUUAAAGGGGUUGUGGGAGAAACAGAGGAGGAGGUGAGGGAGGAGGUCCUGCAGAAGCUGCCGUAUCUGAAAGCCGUGAUCUUGGAGGGCCUGCGGCGCCACCCGCCGGCGCACUUUGUGCUGGCGCAUGCGGUGACGCACGACGUGGUUUUAGACGGACACUUGGUGCCCAAGAACGGGAGUGUUAAUGUCAUGGUGGCGGAUAUAGGUUGGGACCCGCAAGUGUGGGAGGACCCCAUGGCGUUCAAGCCGGAGAGGUUCUUGGGCGGAGAUGAAGGGUUCGACUUGACGGGGAGCAGGGAGAUCAAGAUGAUGCCGUUUGGGGUGGGGAGGAGGAUCUGUCCAGGGUUGGGACUGGCGGUGCUGCAUCUGGAGUAUUUUGUGGCGAAUUUGGUUUGGAAAUUUGAGUGGAGAGUUGUGGAGGGAGAUGGCGUGGACCUCUCUGAGGAAGAGGAGUUUACUGUAGUGAUGAAGAAUCCAUUGCAAGCCCACUUAAUCCCAAGAGGCAAAUAAGUGUGAGAUUUUAUUUUUUCGAGUUUCCAACCAACUGUAUUAUUACACUUAGUGUGUCGAGUCGUGUGCUUGUUACAUUAAAAUUCUCAUUAAAAAUGUAGUACAAAUGUGGUAUGAAAAUGUAGUAAGUGUAAAAUUACUCGUUAAGAGUUAUUUAUUUAUAUUUUAAUAAAUUAUGAGUUGUUUAUUGUA